AUGGUCUGCAGCCAGUGAAUGCUCAAGAGCAGUAGAGCUGAGUUGAUGCAGUCCUGCUGGCUUCUCUCCUGUGGAUUUUACAGGAAAUUAAAUUGUGGAUUUUUUUGCUGUCUGAGGAUGAAGAAUGACACAAAGACAAUGAGAGAUAUCUGAGAUUUGUUUUUCCUCCUUUGACUACGUCUGCAGCCCAUAACAACCAGUAAGCAAGAUGAAGGUGAAAUGGACCAUGCUGGGCAUGGUCGUCUUCUUCCUGCUCUCUGUGGUCAUGAUCUGCUGCUUUAUAUGGCAGUAUACGAUGCCAAAGCUGAAAACAGAAGUGGUUGUAAAACAAGCAACAGCAGAAGAGAUGUGCCCUCUCUUCCCUGAGCCUGUGCCCCUCAAACAUCCCAUCACAUCUCUGAGGGUAGCCUUAGAAAAGAUAGAUACACUUCUGAGGUCAAGCGUUCACAGCACCAAGCUGCCAGCACUAUCAGCCAUCGUGGUUUUAAAUGACUCUGUUCUGUGGAAUGGAAACUUUGGCAAGAAGAACAGUAGUGACCCCUCCUCAUCUGCACCCAAUGAGUACACAGUGUACAGAAUUGCAAGCCUCUCUAAAAUCUUUCCCACACUGAUGCUAUACAAGCUGUGGGAGGAUGGCCUGGUGGACUCUCUAGAUGACCCUCUGGAGAAAUAUGCGGACAACUUCACCAUUAAGGACCCGCUGCGGAAAACUGGGGGACCAGCAUCCUCGUCAGCCAGGAACCUUGGCAUCCAGUCUCCUGCACUCACCCUGCGCAGGAUGGCCAGUCAGCUCUCUGGGUUGCCCCGAAGAUUAAGGUCAACUAAUCUCCUUUGGAGUGGAGACACGGAGGCAGCCCUCACUUUGUUAAAGGAUGAUGUCCUUGUGACAGAUCCAGGCACCAAAUGCCACUACAGCAAUGUUGCUUUUUCCUUACUGGCCAACAUCUUGGCUCACAAGGUGACUGGCUCAGACUUUGAGAGUUGGGUGUCAGAAAAUAUCCUGGAGCGGCUCAGUAUGGAGGACACUGGUUUCAACUUAACUCCAGCCAUUCAGAGGCAAAUGGCUGUAGGUGUGUUCAGCAAUGGCCAGCCAGCUCCCCUCUACAACCUUGGCUGGUACCGACCUGCAGGCCAGAUGUAUUCCACAACAGCUGACAUGGCCAAGCUCAUGAUGGCUCUUCUAGGUGCAUACGGUGGGACCCUGCUCCGCCAGGAUACUCUGAACACCAUGUUGACCCCAGUCUUCCGAUGCCACGGUGGCUACUUUGCCAACUUCACUGGCACACCAUGGGAGAUCAACGAGCAUUUGGGCUAUGAUAUGGUGAGGAAGGAUGGUGACCUGGACGGUUAUGCAGCCACCCUGUCUCUGGUGCCACGACUCAAACUGGGAAUGGUAGUGCUCAUGGCCGGUGUUCGGCCUGCUGAACAGGACCUUGUGAGCCAGGCUUACAGCUAUCUCAUCCCUGCAGUGGAGAGGGCUUUCAGAGAUGUUAAACGAACUCUCAGACCGCCACCCAAUCCAGCCCCUUAUGUGGGCUUUUUCACUUACAGGAAUAUGACUUUCUAUGAGAUUAAGGUGGACUCAGACGGGGUGCUGGUCAUGCAGCAGUUUGGACCACAGGUGGACACAACCGUGCCGUCCAAGUACCGAACUAUUCAGCUGGAUUACCUGCAGGACAGGGUGUUCAGGGUGGUGUUUGAGAGCCCAUACCCUUGCAAGCUAAAGGUUAACAGUGCCUCAAUCUCCCUGGAGGCACAGGACAGACAGCUCUUCAACUUUUACCCCUUCAACAAGAAAGGUGUGUCACCAGGGUUUGAUUCUCCAGGACUCAACACUUACAGGGUGAUGAGAAUAGCUGGCAGACCAUACUUUACUUCAUAAAGACAAGAAUUCAACUUACAAUAAGUCUGACACUGUAACUGGAGGAUUGUGUCAAGGACAAAUGCAGUGGGGAGUUUGACAUUUUAAAUGCAUGGCAGUUUUCAACUGCUGGUUCAUGUGAGGCUUCCUGGCUGCAGUUAAUAUGAUUAUUAUAAACUUGGAUUUUAGUAUUAUUUAUUUUCUCUGCUUAUAAUAGCAAUUGUAUCAUUUGGUCUUGUCCAAAUCUCUAUCUAAGCAGUCCUCCCAUAACCAUAAACUGAUGACAGUAGUACUGUAUAAAUGUGUCUUAAGACGUGGUUGAUCAAUGGAAAAUGUGGCAGUGCUCCUCUUUAACCUCUAAGUGCCUAAAAUGUGACUUAGAAAGUGGAAAAAAACAACUGAUUGAAAUAUCAAGUGGUCAAGUUUCUUAAGACUCAGAUCCACCAGGGAAGCUUGUGGACAUGUUAUGAGCAGUAAAGAAGCAAAGUUACAAGAAAUAUGCUAAAUAAAACUCAUAUGGAA